UCUGACAGAACGGAGACAGAGCGAGGUUAAGCUACAACAGAAUAAUCUGAUAAAAUUUCAGAGGUCUGAUAAUAAUUCAGAUAAGAUAAUGGUCAAGUCAUUGAGUACAGGUAAAAUAGACUUACCAGAACGCAAGGAAUUCAGAGCGAACAGCUUAAAUUCACAAACCAUCAUGGAACCGACUUUGAAAACUCAACAGGACAAGUCUCCAACCUCAUCUACAGAGAGGAUAUCGAAAUUCUUUUCCACUUCUCAUAACACGAUACUUCAACAGAGGCACAAUUCUAUUUCAACAACGCAAAAAUUGACAUUACAGUACACGAGGUUGAUAAUUUGA